AUGGCUCAACUCCAGCCCAAAGCAGCCGACAAGCUACUCCAGCGACCACUGUACGUCUUCGAUCUGCCGGAGGGGUUACUUUAUACACUGCAACUUCGGGUACAGUCUAUAGUAGGGUCGGCAGAAGAGGCAGAAGUGCCAACACCGACCCCCACAGAAGGUCAGACAAAUGGCAGCCAUGAUGAUCCCACCAAGGCCUCAUUGUCGUGCGCUCUAUGUAGUCUCACCUUCACCAACCUCCAAGAGCAAAGAAGUCACGUGCGAUCAGACCUGCACGGCUACAACUUAAAGCAGAAGUUACGGGGGAAGAAAGCGGUGGGCGAGAAUGAAUUCGAGCGGCUAGUCGGGGAACUGAACGAAAGUCUGUCGGGCUCAGACGACACUUCCUCAGAAGACGAGGACGGGGCAGAGGAUGGCAGCAGACCGAAGGACACCACACUGAAUGCGCUUUUAAAACGCCAAGCGAAACUUACAGACGGUGAUGCGGACGAUGCGCCCGUGAGAAGGAAAAAGGACAGUGGCAAGCCACCACUGCUCUGGUUCACGUGCUCGAAACUGCCAUCGAAUACACGUCUCGGCUUCUACCGCGCCGUCUUCACCAACACCGAGCAAGCGAACGAGGGAAGUCUAGUUCAAACCAUUCAACAGAAACAGCUCGCACCAAAAUCGCCACCCAAGCAACCACCGAAGCCGAACCCCUCAGCAACAGUAGCAGACGACGAAGAAGACGGUGGCGUACCUUUGCCCACCACCAUCACUACUCUGUCCACCCCCACACCAAGCCAAUCCCAAGGACCUCACUACUUCCUCUGCAUGAUAGGCGGCGGCCACUUCGCCGCCAUGCUCGUCUCCCUCACCCCCAAAUCCAGCAAGCAGUCCGGCAUCGAGGACCGCUCCGCCACAGUCCUAGCACACAAAACCUUCCACCGCUACACCACCCGUCGCAAACAAGGUGGUAGUCAAAGCAGCAACGACAACAGUAAGGGAAACGCUCAUUCCGCCGGAGCGGGGAUAAGACGUUACAAUGAGACUGCUCUGAUCGCGGACGUGCGAGCUUUACUGGCGGAGUGGAGAGCUUGGAUUGACAGUGCCGAAUUGCUGUUUGUCCGAGCCACGGGGUCGACGAAUCGUAGGACGCUUUUUGGGCCUUAUGAGGAGCAAGUACUGUCGCUCAAAGAUGAAAGGUUAAGAGGUUUUCCCUUUUCGACGAGGAGGGCGACGCAGAGUGAACUGAUGAAAGGGUUUGUGGAGUUGACUAGGGUCAAAGUCAGUGUUGUUGAUGAGGAGGCGGAAGCCAGACGAAUAGAAGAAGCCAAGGCCGCUGCGGCGAGGAGGAAGGAUGCUGCGCAGAACAAGCUCGAUGCUUCCACGGCGGCGAAGAAAGCGAACAAGCCGUUGAAGCAGGACGAGGAGGCUGCGGUGCAUACGACACAACUCCAAGCUCUGAUCCGACGAUCCAAAGCACCCGCCCUUCUGACAUACCUCCAAGCUAACAACCUCUCCCCGGGCUUCCUCUUCCACCCGCCGGAGCAAAACCAUCAUGCUCCAACGCCAUUACAUCUAGCCGCCGCAUCGAACAGCGGAGCCUGCGUCCUCGCUCUACUAACAAAAAGCGAAGCGGAUCCUGCGAUCAAGAAUGGCGAAGGCAAGACCGCCUUCGACAUAGCCGGCGACCGCAACACACGCGACACCUUCCGCCUCGCCCGCAAUCUCCUAGGCGAAGCCCGCUGGGACUGGCCCAGCACCUCCAUCCCCACCCCCCUCUCCCAAACCGAAUUCGACGCCCGCUCUCUGCGCGAAAAAGAGGAAAAAGCCGCCGAGGAAGCGGCGGAGAAAUCGCGACGGAAAGCCGAAGAAGAGCGGAUUAGAAAGGAAGACCAGGGGAAGCAGGGUGCAGAGAAUGAGAGGAAGUUCGGGAAGGGGAAUGUGCUGUCGAAACCCGUGUUGACGGCUGAGCAGAAGAGGCAGUUAGAGGGCAGGGGGAUGACGGAGGAGAUGCGGAUGAGGUUGGAGAGGGAGAAGAGGGCGAGGGCGGCGGAGGAGAGGAUUAAGCGGAUGACGGGGCAGAAAUGA